CACCAUGACCACCACCAUGUCCACCACCCUCCUCACCCCCCCGUCCCCCUCCAGCUACGUCGUGCUGGACCUGAUGGAGAGCGACCUCCACCAGAUCAUCCACUCCUCCCAACCCCUCACCCUGGAGCACGUCCGCUACUUCCUCUACCAACUCCUCCGCGGCCUCAAAUACAUCCACAGCGCCAACGUCCUCCACCGCGACCUCAAACCCAGCAACCUCCUGGUCAACGAGAACUGCGAGCUCAAGAUCGGCGAUUUCGGCAUGGCCCGCGGCCUGGGCGCCGACCCGCGCCAGGCCAAGGCCUUCCUCACCGAAUACGUCGCCACGCGCUGGUACCGCGCGCCGGAGCUGCUGCUGUCGCUGCACCGCUACACCCGCGCCAUCGACAUGUGGUCGGUGGGGUGUAUUUUUGCCGAGAUGUUGGGUCGCCGGCAGCUUUUUCCCGGGCGGAAUUACGUCCACCAGCUCCAGCUGAUCAUGGCGGUGCUGGGGACGCCGCCGGCCGGCGUGAUGGCGGCCAUCGGCGCCGAGCGGGUGCGCGCCUACGUGCAGAGCUUGCCGCCGCGGCCGGCGGUGCCGUGGGAGAGUCUUUUUGGCGCGGCCGAGCCGGCGGCGUUGGCGCUGUUGGGGCGGAUGUUGAGGUUCGAUCCGCGGGAGAGGGUGGGCGUGGCCGAGGCCUUGCGGCACCCGUUUUUGGCCAAGUACCACGACCCCGAGGACGAGCCCGAGUGCGUGCCGGCCUUCGACUUCGCCUUCGACCGCCAGGCCCUGACCAAGGAGGAGAUCAAGGCGGCCAUCGUGGCCGAGAUCGCCGAUUUCCACGCCCGCCGCGACGGGAUCCGCCGGCAGAUCGCGCCGGCGCCGGCGGGAGCCGCCAGAACGGCCGGCGCCAACAUGGCCGACACCAACAUGGCGGACAUCAACGUAAAGAUGGCCGACGCCAACGCGGCCGGCGGAAAGAUGGCGGACGCCGGCGCCAAGAUGGCGGGCGCCAACGCCAAGAUGGCCGACGCUGACGCGUGGCCGGCGUGC